GGGCGUGGUCAGACGGGGCGUGGCCGCGCCCGUGCUCGGCGCGGCGAUGGGCGGCGGGCUGCGGGAGCUGAGCGGGUACCUGGCGGCGCUGGGCGGGUGGGUGGCGGCGCUGGCGGCCGCGGCGCUGCCGCAGUGGAGACAGAGCUCGUACGCCGGGGACGCCAUCAUCACGGCCGUGGGGCUCCACGAGGGGCUGUGGAUGAGCUGCGCCGCGCAGAGCACCGGGCAGGUCCAGUGCCGCCUGCACGACUCGCUGCUGUCGCUCGACGUUCACAUCCAGACCUCCCGGGCUCUCAUGGUGAUCUCUCUGCUCUUGGGUUUCUUCGGCAUCAUUGUGAGCGUGGUGGGCAUGAAAUGCACCAAGGUGGGUGAAGAGGAUCCCGUCACCAAGAGCCGCAUCGCUGUUGCCGGUGGUGUCCUCUUCGUCCUGUCCGGUCUCUGCACGUUGGCUGCCGUGUCCUUGUACGCAACGCAAGUGACCUACGAGUUCUUCAGGGAGAGCGCCGUGCCUGUCAACGCCAGGUACGAGUUCGGCUCCGCUCUCUUCGUGGGCUGGGGGGCCGCCAGCCUCACCCUGCUGGGGGGGUCCCUCCUGUGCUGCUCCUGCCCCGCCAAGGAGCGCCGAGCCCAGCAGUACUACCGGCAGUCGCCGCCGUCCACGGCCCGCGAACCCCCUGUAAAAGUGUCUCCUUCACCCAUCAGGGGAGAGCAGUGCUUGUAGUCGGGCCUGACCCAGCAGGCGCUGACCCCAACUUCUGGGGUCCCCCCAAACACCAAAAGCUCCCGCAGUGACGAUUGAAAAGGAAACUCAUGCGUUUUUAUACCAAGAGCACAGUGUUGCGUAGAAGAACGUUUUUACUCUUUUAAUAUAGAAUCGCAUUAACUUUUCUAUGGGGUGCGUGGCCGCGGGAAUGGGACCGGUUGGGAUGUUUAAAGGCUUUUUUAAUGGUUUGUUUGUACUAAAACUUGUGACUCAGCGGUAUUAAAACACUUCCGAUCGCGGG